AUGGUGCGCGAAAACCAGCCAACAACCCAAGCUCCACCACAGAAUCAGUCUCGACGGUCGUCAACGGAAGCGCGUGACGCCGACUAUUGUUCCCCAUUCUCCAAUGCCAUACGCCGACUCAUCGGCCUCUUUGAGUCAAAUACCGACCAGAAUAUUCCCUGGAUGGUUGCCCUCUCCUGUGGUCUAAGGCUACUUGGAAGCUUUCUCAAUCUCACCACGAGAACCGUUGGGCUCUUGCUCUCAACUACCCUCUCAAACCACCGCACUCUGCUCAACCUUGUGAUUACAAACUCCACUAUCUGCUGGCAACUGAUCGACCUCUGGGCGAGCUUCAUAGUCGCUGUCUUCAACGCUUACUGCGCUUGCACAUUUAUUAUCGCUGCGUCUUUCUUGCGGAUCGUACUCUGCCUGGUCGCCGAGCCUCAAUGCAGCACAGAAUGUCCGUCGCCGGCUCAGCCACCGCCACCACCACCGUACAACACAGACCUCGAGACGAACUGGCCUUCGCAUUGGGGCAAGCCUCAGGACUCCCCCGAAGAAUCCCUGCCGCGGUCUCCAUCCACGGACUCGAGCGAGACCGGAGGGGCGCUGUUGGCGUCCACUGUCGAGCUCAACAGGCAGGUCCGAGGCCAGACUCUGGGCAUUCCUGUGGAUCUGGAAUCGGAGAUCUUGCCAACAAUCUCUCCCGUUCUACCGGACAUGUUGCCUCCCAAGUUGGAGACGCCUCCCAAGAAAGAGACGCCCCCUAUCAGGAGAGUCCCUCGGUCACCCACAGUCUACUUCGAGUACCACGAUCACCCGUUCUCGGCGUACCCGCGAAAGCGCCCUCCGCCGCUUGCAGAGACAGACUCCGAUACGACCUCGGUGUCGACGCAGGACGAGAAGGCCGAGCGCUUCUCCAUGAGCCCGACGUCGGGCAGACCAGGGUACCUCCCGCCACACACACCGCCCAGACCCAGACCCGUCGUGGCUUCCUGCCCAGGAACCUUGAGCAAGGCUGGGAAAGGCUCCCACAGUAUACCAGACGAGCCUUCGACCUCUACAUCUUAUACCACAGCCUACCCUCAGAAGACAGAUUUACCCGCCGCUCAAAACGAGAACACGCGCCCUCUUGACGGGGCAUUCAGUACGAACCUCCGCGUGCCAAAGUCGCGCACCUUGAAUGUCUUGGCAAACAUCACACAAUCCCUAUCUCGAAGCUCCCUGGCAAGCCUGGGCAGCAGUCGUAAUGUCAGCCAUUCAUCGACCAAUACAAAUAUCAGAGAGUCCUCGACUUUCUCAAGGUUAUCAUCUCGCAACUCCUUUGGCAGAUCUGCCCGGCAGAGCCUGGAGGAGAACCAGGCCGCCGCCUUGAGGGCCUCAAACCCCAGAUUUAUAUCUACGCCUCAGCCAUUCUCCUACUGGUCCGGCCGCUUCAUGGCCCUACACGACCGCUUUCACGGCGAGUUGCUCACGCCGUUCAACUUGCAAAGUGUCAUCGAUGCACAGACAGCUCAGUCAACUCUAGUCAACGACCCGGCGCCGACGCCGAAACAGCGCAAGGGCAACCUGCCGGCCUCGAACUCAAAAUCUUCUUAUCUACGUUCCUCGCUCACUGGAACUUCGCUGGCUGAUUCCCCGUCCCACGGCACGUUCCAGUCCAUCGCGCGGACUGACGUGAGCUUGCUCUUGGACGAGACGAACCGGUGCAAGCGCGUCUUCCUGCACCUCGAGGCCAUGUGUACGACGAGCGAGGCUAAGCGGAGCCUGUUCCUCUUCCAGCAGGACUACGCUAGGAAGCACAACCGCAAGGCCUUGUUGCCUACCGGCGGUACCAUGGUUGCGGGUCGCCAGGGCCUCGUAUCCCGAAUAUUCAGCGGUGGCAAGUCGCAACGUGGGUUUAUGAACUUAUGA